AUCCGAUCCUCUUACAUUUCGACUUUUUAGGGUUUUGAGAGGAGAAUUCUCCUUCUCCCUCAACACCCCCGCCACCCCCGCGGGCCCGUACUCUCGGUUCCUCCCCACGCCUUCGCCUCACACUCUUCCGGCAGCCUCCGUCUAUCGCCGACAAUCACCUCGUCCGACAACCUUCUCCAGUGCCGUCACCACUCCUUUCCGGCUACUACCGGCUUUGAGGCUCCGCUAAACAUAUGAGGACCUCCUCCCGCUUAGUCGAGCAAGGGAAGGAUUUGAAGUACAGAAAGAGAAGUCAGUUACUGUUUGGCAAUGUCAGUAUAGUUUCAUGAAUUCAGAAUAGUUUCCUGAAUUAUAUUCAAACUAUUUUCGGCUGAUGGUGAUGACAACUGAAACGAAGAUAAAUUCAACUCAGAAGAUUGAUCCAGAGGCUCCUUCAUCUAAGAUUUUGAAUAAAGCUGCUGAAUUUAAACGAUACAGCAGGAAAUAUCCCUUCCUUCGAUAUGGCCUUCCACUCAUUUCUCUCACAGUAUUAGGAUCAGUUGGCCUUUCUCAUCUCAUUCAAGGAAGUAAAGAAGUGACAAAAGAAAAGGAUGAUCUAGAGUGGGAGAUCAUUGAAACAACAAAAGCACUUACGAAAACUGGGCCCAAGGAUGGCUAUAAGCCAAAAAAAAUUUCUCUAGAAGAGGAGCUGAAGGCUUUACAGCAGAAGGUUGACAUCAACAACUAUGAGUACAAGAGGAUUCCCAGACCUAAUGAAGGACAAUCAAGCAAAAAUUAACUAAUACUUGUUCUAGCCUUCUUAUAAUGUUUAAUAUUUUUUUUUAGCAUAUACUAAGUUCUUGCUGUGAUAUGACAUGAUUGUUUCUUUUUGAGUUCAACAUUGUUAAUUGAAAAUGAUCCAAUAAAAUGGAAUAGUUUCCCUGUUCAAAACAUCUUAAGAAGUUAAUAAUUACUUGGAAUUUUGGACAAAAACUCAAGGA